CUUCCGCCUCUUCUCGCGAGAUCGGCGGGGCCGGUGUCAUGGCGGCGGCAGCGGAGGAGCUGGAGGUGGAUAUCGAAGGGGACCCGGCGGCCGUGCCUGGAGAAGUGGCCUCAGGAGAUGGUGAAAACACAGCUUCAAGCUUGCUGCAGGAUCACUAUCUUGAUUCAUCUUGGAGAACUGAUAACAGCCUUCCAUGGACGUUGGACAGCAGCAUUAGUGAAGAAAACAGGGCUGUCAUUGAGAAAAUGUUGCUGGAAGAAGAAUAUUAUUUAUCUAAUAAAUCACUUUCUGAAAAAAUGUGGCUCAAUCAAAAAGAAGUGGAGAAAAGAUCUAUGAAAAGCCCACAUAAGAAAACUGGAAAAGUCACGGUGCGAUCACCGACAAAAUCAGCUAGCUACUCAUUAAAGUGGACAUCAGAAGAAAAAGAACUAUUUGAACAAGGACUGGUGAAAUUUGGCCGCCGAUGGACGAAAAUUGCCAAGUUGAUUGGAAGUCGUACUGUUCUGCAAGUAAAGAGCUAUGCUCGGCAGUAUUUUAAGAACAAGGCAAAAAAUGGUGAUUCUGAAAAAGAAGAGCAGAGUCAGUAUGGUAGCAGUCUUCCCGUUGAAGAUGGGAUAAGGGUAGAAGCGUGGUCAUCUGGAAACUUGAGAGGCCGUGCAGACCCCAAUCUGAAUGCAGUGAAAAUUGAAAAGCUGUCAGAUGAUGAAGAAGUAGACAUAACUGAUGAUGUGGAUGAACUACUUUCUCCUACCCUCCAGCAAGAAACUGGAAAAUCUGAAUUACCUGUUAUUUCAAAAAGUCCACUUGAAGAAACAAAAGGAAUGGAACGCAUUUUUUCAUCUGGCAGACACGGUUCUGCAGUUCCUUUACCUAAAGAAGAUCCUCAACGUACCAAGCAAGAUACAGUUGAUGCAUUAGUAUUUCCAGGUGUUGCAGCAACUUGUUCUCAGCCCCUGAACGGUGAUAAAACUGUGAACUUAGAUUACCAGCAAUACAAUAAUUUUAUUGAGAAAGCUGAACAAGGCAGACUAGUAACAUCUCGUGGAACUAGACAAGUAACUGAUCAGGAGCUUGGUGAGGAACAGAGACAUCUGGCUGAUAAUGGAUUGCUUUUUUCUUCUCCCCCUCAAGUGGAUGAAGAUCAUCAAGAAGAAGCAGAGGAGCUUAAGCCACCUGAUCAAGAAGUGGAGGUUGACAGAAGCAUCAUUCUGGAAGAAGAAAAGCAAGCUAUUCCUGAAUUUUUUGAAGGGCGCCAGGCCAAAACACCAGAGCGUUAUUUGAAAAUUAGGAAUUAUAUUUUGGAUCAAUGGGAGAGAUGUAAACCCAAAUACCUGAAUAAGACUUCAGUACGUCCAGGCCUCAAGAACUGUGGUGAUGUUAACUGCAUUGGACGGAUCCACACAUAUUUGGAAUUAAUAGGAGCGAUUAACUUUGGCUGUGAACAGGCUGUGUAUAACCGACCCCAACCAGCUGAUAAAACACGGUCCAAAGAAGGCAAAGACACAGUGGAAGCAUACCAGCUCGCUCAGCGCUUGCAAUCAAUGCGUACAAGACGACGGCGAGUGCGUGAUCCUUGGGGAAACUGGUGUGAUGCAAGGGAUUUGGAAGGACAGACAUUUGAGCAUCUGUCUGCUGAAGAAUUAGCAAGAAGAAGAGAGGAAGAAAAACUGAAACCUGCAAAAUCUUCUAAAGGUUCAAGACAAAUAAAAAGUUCCUUUGAUCCCUUUCAGCUGAUACCAUGCUGUUUAUUCACCGAAGAAAAACAGGAACCUUUUCAGGUGAAAGUAUCUUCCGAAGCACUUUUAAUAAUGGAUUUGCACUCUCACGUGUCUAUGGCAGAAGUAAUAGGGCUGCUAGGUGGAAGAUACUCUGAAGCUGAUAAAGUUGUAGAAGUUUGCGCAGCGGAGCCAUGCAACAGCCUCAGUACAGGACUGCAGUGUGAGAUGGAUCCGGUGUCUCAGACGCAGGCCUCAGAAACGCUGGCUGCCAGAGGAUACAGCGUUAUUGGGUGGUACCAUUCCCACCCUGCCUUUGACCCCAACCCCUCAAUACGAGAUAUUGACACUCAAGCUAAAUACCAGAGUUAUUUCUCCAGGGGUGGUGCCAUGUUCAUUGGAAUGAUUAUAAGUCCUUACAACCGAAAUAAUCCUCUUCCAUAUUCUCAGAUUACUUGUCUAGUAAUUAGCGAUGAGAUCAGUUCUGAUGGUUCCUACCGCCUGCCCUACAAAUUUGAAGUACAGCAGAUGCUGGAAGAACCACAGUGGGAAUUAGUAUUUGAAAAAACGAGAUGGAUAAUUGAAAAAUACAGAUUCUGCCAUAGCAGUGUCCCCAUGGAUAAAAUUUUUCACAGAGAUUCUGACCUGACUUGUUUACAGAAACUUUUGGAGUGCAUGAGGAAGACUUUGGGCAAGGUAACAAACUGCUUCAUUGCGGAAGAGUUCUUGACUCAGAUAGAAAACUUAUUCGUUUCCACAUACAAGAGUGAGAAAAAGAGUAAUGCCGAAGAAAACGAGAAUGACGGUUCAAAUGAACUGCCAGUGUGAUGGUUUUAACAAAACAAACUUGGGGAAUUUUGAUUUUAUUUUUUCAUUUCUGCUCCUCCCCAUUAUGUCAACUCUGUCAGAAUUAUUAUCCAUUUUAAUAGUAACUGUUACAGAAUCCAGUGUCAUCUUGUUGUUACGGUUUAAACGUACUUUGAAAAACUCCUAAUGCGUGUGACCUGACUACAUGAGGAACACUUUAAUAUUAAACGUUUUGUAAAAAAAAAGAGUGCCACAGAAUUAACUGAUUGACCAACAGUCGGCCCCUUGGGAAGAAGGACAACCUGCCAAGAAUACUCUGCUUCAGUCUUCAAGGAGAGUUUGCCCUCUCAAGUUUUUCAGUUUGGGAAUUUUCUCAUUUAUCUACAAGUACACAUCUAACUCUGCAUUUGUUCCUUAGUGCUUUAAAGAUUGUAAGUUUGAAUUAAUUCACAAAAGAGAAACUGAAAUGAAAUGAAAAUUUUGUAGCACUCUGAUUUCAAAAUUUCCUGGUAUCCAGUCUUAAGUUUUAUUCCGUUGUGGUUUAAUACAUCAUCUGGGGGUUUUUAUUAUUAUUUUUUCCCUUACUGAUCCCUGUGGUCAAGUAGCUUUUUGGCAUGUUCUUUGCCAUCUUGCUUCUGUAUUUGGGGAGGAAACGCUGGCAAGUUUUCCUGACUUCUCAGUAGUAGUUGUGUUUGUUUCCAGUGGAAAUGAUAACUCCUGUCUUAUUACAGGUUGCAGUCUUUCUGGUCUUCCAUUCUACAGGGAGAUACUAUGUUGUUCUGCCAGAUUGUUGCGAUUUGUCCGCUUCUGAUUGCCACCGUUUCCUGUGGAAACGAGCUCUCGAUUGAUUGCAAACCUUAGCGCACCACGCAGAACAGUAUUUGUCUUUGUAAAGAAAAAAACCCACCAACUCUUAUAUUCAGAGUCUUCUCUAGAAUGUGCAGUUCAGCAAGAAAACAUACUGGUUUGUAUCUGUUCUUCAGUUAUAAUUUCAUACAAGUAUAUAUUCAGAUAAAUUAGUCAUAAAUAGAUUGAUCUUGAUUGAGAAGUUUCUUGAUUGCAACUUGGAAAUGUUACAUGAGCUAGAUCAUAUAGAUAUAUCACUGUGACUAUAGAAGAAAUGUGCUUUAAAUUUUGCUUUCUAAAUCAUGAAGAAACUUGUAUACAGUUAUUUACACAGAUUUAUCUUGGGCAAAGUUUCUUAGGUCUAAAAUGUAUUUGAAAACAUGAAGCAAGCAAGAUUUCGAGUUUAUAUCUAGAGAGGUGACGAUGGAGUCAAUUCUUAUUUUAAAAAAAGUGUGUGUGUAUAUAUAUAUCUAGUUCUACAUAACAUAAAUGGAAUUUUAAGAUUUUAUAUGUUCACAUUUUUAACUUCAGCUUUUCAUUUGUAUAAAGAGUUUGAAAAGCUUUAAAAUUGUAGAGUUGCAUCCCGAGGAGGGAACUCCUUUACGGGAAGCUAACAUUACUUUUUUUGUCAUGCCUCAUAAAACAUUACUCUCCUUCUGUCACGAAGCAGAAGGUGCACAACCCCAUUGUAUGCAAAUAUGAGCCCUUGAUACUCUGAUUCUCCCAAUGCAGAUUCAAGAGCUAAGGACUUAAAAAUAUUGGUGAAUGCUCCGUGUUCAGAUCCGCUGGUGCGCGGCUUGAGAUCCCACUGCUACGUGUAUUUGACAAACUUGGUGUAUCCAUCUGUAUAAGGCAUGUUGACUCAGUCUGCAUAUAUUCUAAAAUGUCAUCUUUGGGACUUCCUAAUUAAAAAUAUUGCAUGGCUUUCUCUACUUCUAGUUUAAAGUACACUCUUGGUGAGAAAGCAUUCCUCCCCUACUUAGUUGUAGAGUGGUCUGCAGUGUAAGGUAUUUUUCCACGGUUUUGCAUUGGUUACUCUCACAUGGUAUACAUGUAUGUACUAAAAGCUGUAAUUAGUUCUGAGUUGUAGGACAAGAAUUUUGAACCUCUUGUGUAACGGCAGCAUGAAGUAGAUACUCAUUUUCUACAUAUGGUCUGCUUCCAGCUAUUUAAAGAUGGAUGUCAGUAUUACCCAAGUAGUGGUAGCAAUGUGCUGGCUGCGUCUGUUUAAUGAUUAAAAUGAGUUAAAGUAAUACAGUUGUAUUAAUUGGAUUUAACAGCCAUGUUACAUAAGAAGAGGUUUGAGUACAACAUAUUUUGAAGCAGUUUGUCUCUUGAGAAGAGGCCGUAGUGCAGUAUUGAGUCUUUGGUGUGCACACACAGACUCCAGAUGUUCUAAGAGCUUGUUAGCAGGGUGGUGGUGGGGGAAAUAUCACUGCUAGUACCAUCGUAAUCCAGUCUUAUCCCACGAUGCUCUAUGUGAACUGGAAACACUGUUUGUGACACUAAGUAAAAAUUUUGUUGGCAGGAGUCAUGGUAAGAAAAUAACUCACUUUUCAUAAUUUAUUUUGACUGUGUGGUUAAUAAUAGGAGUGUGGAAGUUGCAUGCAUCUAAGAAGAUAAUCUAUUUUACUGAUACUACCAGUUCUGCUACCAAACGCAUUAAAUAUUUUUAUUAGGAAGCUCUUUUUUUUUCUUCUCUGUCCAGCAAUUGUUUUUCUGCUAACUUUAUUUCAGCGUACCUGGUGUGGAGUAAUACGCUAUUCCUUUCUGUAAGACCAGCUGUUAUGCCUUGCCAAGUUGUUGCUCAGGAGAUGGGAAAUGGUGGUGUAGCCAGUAGAAUGAUGCAAUUUAAAUGGGAAGAGUCAACAGUUCAAAAAUAAACAAAAAACCCCCAACACCCCUAAGAUGUCACUUUUGGCAAAUACCCUUUAUGGGCAGUCGUUGGCCAAGUGAGGUUUUGCUGUCCCAGUUAUCGGCAGUGCUUUUGCACAGGGAGAUAUGCCUUGUGUUCCAGGGGGGAUGGACUGCCCAUAUUUUUUCUAAAUCAGUAACUUUCCAAGAACAAUUCCGGUGAGGAAAACAAGCAAACAAAUAACAACCUCAAACCAGCCAACCAAAAACCACCCUUGCCAUUGAUGUUAAGUACUCUCUUGCUUUUGCUUGCUGCUUUGAUAUUCCUGACGGAUGGUAUACAAGAGUCUACUAAUAAAGACUGUGUAUGCAGUACCUUGAAA